AUGAUUACUAAGUACUUCAGUAAGGUGGUUGUUAAAUUCAAUCCCUUUGGCAAAGAAGCAAAGAUUGCCAGGCUAAUGCUUGCUGCCAUCCCGCCAGCACAACGAAACAUGGGUACGCAAAUCCAAUCUGAAAUAAUAUCUGAUUAUAACAAGGUCAAGCCCCUUGUCAAAGUAACCUACAAGGACAAGAAAGAAAUGGAAGUCGAUCCGUCUAGUAUGAGUUUCCAGGAGUUGGCCAACCAUUUUGACCGUUAUUCUAAACGGCUAGACUUGAAGCAUAUGCUGGAAAUGCACUGA